AUGCAAAAGGUGGCCUGCUCGCCAGGUUGUAAAAUCCUUUAUGGAGAUACAGAUAGUAUACUUUUUGCCCAUCCAUCGAACAUGAAUUGCCCCCUUCAAACCGGCCCCCAUCUAGGAGAGUUAGCAAAGGAAUAUGCAGGUUUUUCUAUAAAAGAGUAUGUUGGUGGAGCCUGCAAAGCAUAUGCACUAAGAAUGAUCAAUGUUAAAAAUGGAAGGGAGAGCAGUGUACUUAAAGUGCGCGGAAUAACUCUAACAAAUGAUGUCUGCAAACUUUUACACUUUCAAAGUUUCAAAGACAGCGUUCUUUUGUAUGCCAAUGAGGGAGAUGAAGAAAAUGAAGAUGAAAACUUAAAUGAAGGGAGGAUAAUGGUAGAAAAUUCAAAUUUUUUGCGGCCAAAUUUGAAAGAAGGGAAUAUUUAUUCAACAAAGAUGCACAAAAUGUUUAGACCGAUUAUUCAGAAAGGUAUUAUUUCUAAUUUAAAAAUUGUACAUUUUGGACAAAAAUAA